AUGAAUCGCGUAGCCAAUCACUCUUUUCAUCCUUGUGGACGAAUUCAGUUUGUUCCCGAGACGUCGGAGCCAUUCCAGAAGUUCGCGUACGCUGGGCCCAAAGAUCUCCGCUACCCAAUCCUCGCAUUUGCUGCAGCGAAACUGCAAAAAGUGCUUAUCCUCCACUCCUCACUGCAACAGAAGUGCACCGUGUACCUGCGGCCAUCAACCAUGAAAGCCCAGGUAGAUGCAAUCGUGCACGACGCACCGCACAUUCAGACGAUCGACAUCCCAGACCUCGAGGAGUUCCUCAGGGAUACCGAAGCGGAGCCCGUCACAUCCAGCAAAACAUGGGACGAAGGCAAAAACGACCCGUGGCUAGUAUUCCACAAUUUGGGCACGACCGGAAACCCCAAGCCGGUGACCUGGACGCACCGGAUGAUGGCCUCGAUCGACAUGAUGGCCGCCUCCCCGAGCAUCAAGGACAGCAUGGUCCACCGCGUCGCCAACCACAGACCCUUCGCCCCUAUCCCCUCCCUGUACCUAACCGGCAUGAUGUUCAUCUUCGCCGCAACAGCCUACGUAAACAUGACCGCCGUGCUAGGCCCGUCCGCAGCAUUCUCCCCCGCCACCAUUAUCUCCGUGUUCCAAAGCACCCAUAUAGACGGUACCCUCCUCCCUCCCGCCCUCAUCGACGGCCUCUGCCUCUCCGACGCCGGCCUAGCCGCGCUCCGCAGCCUCAACCUCCUGAUCUACGCCGGGGCCCCGCUCGCCGCCAAAUCCGCCGCGCUGCUGACCCCCUACAUCCCCAUGGCCAUCAACAUGCAACAGGGCGCAGCCUUCGAGCCCCGGACCGCUGACGGGCUGCACGAGUUAGUGUUCGUCCGCGACACCACCUCUGAAGAUACAGACGACGAGCUUGUCAUCUUCCAGACCUACCUACACCCGACGCGGUUUAUGACCCACGACCUCUGGCGUCCACACCCUGUCCACAAGAAUCUGUGGCAGAUUGUCGGCCGCACGGACGACUACGUCCCUUCUCGCAGACCGGAGAUCACAGCGCACCCUGCGGUGAAAGCGACGUUGAUCGGGGGACAUGGGCUGGCUAAGCCAGUGCUCUUGGUGCAGUUGGUGGUUGGGACGACAGCGUCGGAGUUUGAGGUGGAGAGUCUGCGGCGUAUGUUGGAGACGGGGCGGGCGAUUGUCGCGACCGAGGAGAAGCCAUCUGCGUAUACGGCGAAGCAGAGUGUCGCAAGGAUGCAGGGCUUGGGGCUUUAUAAGGCAGAGAUAGCAGCGUUGGAGGGGUAG